AAAAAGGGCCACUGACUUUGCAGCAGUCAUUAAGCUGAAACAACAGUUUCAGAUUUUGUUGGUUCACUGCUAGCACGUCUUGCAGGCUGUUGGGCUUUGUCUAUAACACAGAAAUGUCCUCUGGGUUCUGUGUGAGAGUGCUUGUGCUUUCACUUGUGACUUUUGGGCAGCAAGCAAAGGCUCUCAGCUACAGAAGUGGAGGCUUCAACGACGUUACACCUCACUUUGAUUUUCAAAGAAGAUUCAACCCUGCUUCAUCUGAGAACUUGGAGCCAGCGGCUGCACCGAGUGCAGCAGGUUCUAGUGGUUCUUACGGUUGGCAAAUGGAUGGCUACAGUCAAGAGGGAAGUGUUUCUAGUUACGGGCCUGGCCAUCCAGUCCUUCAAGAACCCAGACAAAACCCCCAGCAGCCACCUCAAACUAACCCUAAUACAGGAUUCCUUUCAAGUAAUGGCAUUAAGAUGGAUUCUAUUCCCCAACAUGAGUCCACUUGGUGGUCCAGAACCCAGCAGCACGCUUACCCAGCUAAACUCCAGAAACUAGGAUACCCAGCCAGGUCCCAGCAGCACACUGGCCCAGCCGGGUCCCAGCAGAACGCCUACAUAGACUAUCCUUCCAAUCCCGUGGAGCCCUCUCGCCCAUCCAAUCCCGUGGAGCCCUCUCGCCCAUCCAAGCCCAAGCGGCCUUCUCACCCAUUGAAGUCUCAGAAACCAGGCUACCUAUCCAAGCCCCAGUCCACUUGGUGGUCCAAAACCCAGCAGCAUGCUUACCCAGCUAAACUCCAGAAACUAGGAUACCCAGCCAGGUCCCAGCAGCACACCGGCCCAGCCGGGUCCCAGCAGCACGCCUACCUGGGCUAUCCUUCCAAGCCCCUGCAGUCUGCUGUCCCAGUCAGGCCCCAGCAGCCCACCAAGCUCCAGAAAGGGGUGACUCAAACCAAAGUUGGCAUGUGGGACCUUUUUGGUGGAGGUAUUUUUGAUUCCAAGCCCACGGAUACAAAACUUCAAAAUAUUGCAUCAAGUUAUGAAAUUAUGAGGGACUCCACUUGGCAAGCUAAGCACCAGCAGCCCAUCUACCUGACCAAGCACCAGCCACAAUCUAUUAUUGCUUCAAGUCACGCAAUUGAGAUGCAUUCUGGUCCCCAGUCUCAGUCCACUAAAUCCCAGCAACCCGCCUACCUGACCAAGCACCAGCCACAUUCUGUUAUUGCUUCAAGUCAUGCAAUUGAGAUGCAUUCUGGUCCCCAGUCUCAGUCCACUAAAUCCCAGCAGCCCGCCUACCAGACAAAGUCUCAGCAAAAAAUCACCCAACACAAAGCUGGCAUAAUGUCAGAUUUUACUCCUCUUCAGGGAGGUGGUAUUUUUGUCUUUGAGCCCACUCACUCAAACCCACAAGUACUUCUUCAUCCUAGAAGUUCAAGACCAAUUCCAAUGGCAUCAUCGGACCAUCCCAGGUGGCAGCAGCAACAGGUGCCAGUGUCCAACAGACAUGGUUGACCUUUCAUGUUCCUGACCUUUCUGAAAGCAGUCUGCUCUUGCAUAAACUGUUUUUGAGACCUUCAAUAAAAUACUUGGAACUGCA